AUGGCACUCGGCCGAAGACGUGGUUGUGCCGGUCACCGGGAGUCGCAGAAAUUGCUAAAGAAAGCUUUGGCCGGUGGGGCAUGGGCAAAUAAUGGUGACGACGGCACCGCUAGAGCUCAGGAAAGCACCAACACCAAAAACCAUGUCAUUUCGGAGAGGAGGCGCCGGGAGAAGCUCAACGAGAUGUUUCUGAUUCUUAAGUCGUUGGUCCCGUCCAUUCACAAGGUGGACAAGGCAUCCAUCCUAGCUGAGACGAUAGCAUAUCUCAGAGAGCUGGAACAGAAGGUGGAGGAGCUAGAAUCUAACAAGGCUGCCGGAACAACAGUUGUCAGGAAACGUCAUGAAGUCGGCGGGAAGAAGGUGUUAGCUGGUUCUAAGAGAAAGGCGUCGGAGCUCGGCGGGGAGGACACGCCUCUCCCCAAGGACGGCCCGAGCAACAUCGUCAAUGUCACCGUGACGGACAAAGAGGUGCUCCUUGAGGUGCAAUGCCGGUGGAAGGAGCUACUGAUGACACAAGUGUUCGACGCCAUCAAGAGCCUCCGCCUGGACGUGUUGUCCGUCCGCGCGUCCACGCCUGACGGCCUCCUCGCUCUCAAGAUACGAGCUCAGUUUGCCGGUCCUGGCGCCGUGGAACCCGGGAUGAUCAGCGAGGCACUUCAGAAAGCUAUACGCAGGCGCUGA